AUGCGUUCAAUUCGAGCAAAUAUGGAUACUUUAGUUGACGAUGAAGCUAUCACAAAAGAGAUUGCUACAAUGCGCUUGGGUGUUUCACAUGCAAUUGGCCGAUAUAAAGUUAAAUUUAAUCCGGAGAAGAUUGAUACAAUGAUUGUUCAGGCGGUUUCUUUACUUGAUGAUUUGGAUAAAGAAUUAAACAAUUAUGUCAUGCGUUGUCGUGAAUGGUAUGGGUGGCACUUUCCUGAACUUGGAAAAUUAAUUACGGAUGCUCAAGCUUAUGCUAAGUGUGUUAAAAUCAUUGGAAUGCGUCAAAAUGCCCAAACUGCAAAACUGGAAACAGUUUUGCCUGCCGAGCUCGUUGACCAAGUUCGAUCUGAGGCUGAGAUUAGUAUGGGUACAGACAUCACUGAACUUGAUUUGGCAAAUAUUGGCGAGCUGUGUGAUCAAAUAAUUGAAUUGGGACAAUAUAGAGCACAAUUACACGAAUAUCUUAAAAAUCGAAUGAGCGCUUUGGCACCAAAUUUAACUGUUUUACUUGGUGAAUUGGUUGGAGCUAGACUUGUUUCUAAAGCUGGAUCUCUUAUGGCAUUAGCAAAAUGUCCUGCAUCUACUGUUCAAAUAUUGGGGGCCGAGAAGGCGUUGUUUAGAGCACUUAAAACCAAAAAGGAUACACCAAAAUAUGGAAUUAUUUAUCAUGCGCAAUUAAUCACACAAUCGGGACAAAAAUCAAAAGGAAAGAUUGCUCGAAAAUUGGCUGCUAAAGUUGCUUUGGCUACUCGAAUCGACGCUUUGUGUGAUGAAUCGCUUGGAAGUCAACAAGGAAUUGAGGCCCGUGCUUAUCUCGAGUCAGUCAUUAAAACAGAAAAUUCUCGAAGUGGGGUGAAAAAACAACGUUAUUCGGGGGUACAAUAUUCUUCAAAGGAGGCGUAUACAUUUAAAAAGUUGGUUUAA